GCCCCCCGCCACGCUGCAGUUAGUUGCCUUGGACCUUCCUGGCGCUUCGGCGCGGGGCGGAGGAGCUCCGGGCGGCUGAGUGCGCCCGCGCCGCCGGACCGUGAGCCGCGAGCCGGGAGGAGCCAGGGAGGCACUCAGCAGGAAAGAAAUGUGGCUGCUGGCGGCCCUGCUGAGCUUCCUUCUGGGGACCCCAGCCUUGUUCCUCGAGGUCUCUGAGGAAAUGGAGCUGGAGCCCUGUCUAGCCCCGACCCUGGAGCAGCAGGAGCAGGUGCUGACUCUGGCCCUGGGGCAGCCUGUGCGCCUGUGCUGUGGGCGUACCGAGCGUGGCGGCCACUGGUACAAGGAGGGCAGUCGACUAGCUUCCGCUGGACGAGUCCGGGGCUGGAGGGGCCGCCUGGAGAUCGCCAGCUUCCUUCCUGAGGAUGCCGGCCGGUACCUCUGCCUGGCACGCGGCUCCCUGGCUGUCCUACACAAUCUUACCUUGACCAUGGACGACUCCUUCACCUCCAUCCAUGAUGAGGACCCCAAGACCCUCAGCGGCAACUCGAGGGGGCAUGCUUACCCCCAGCAAGCGCCGUACUGGACACACCCCCAACGCAUGGAGAAGAAGCUGCAUGCGGUGCCCGCGGGGAACACCGUCAAAUUCCGCUGUCCGGCUGCAGGCAACCCCACACCCACUAUCCACUGGCUCAAGGAUGGGCAGGCCUUCCACGGGGAGAACCGCAUUGGAGGCAUUCGGCUGCGCCACCAACACUGGAGCCUGGUGAUGGAGAGCGUGGUGCCCUCAGACCGUGGCACAUACACCUGCCUCGUGGAGAACUCUCUGGGUAGCAUUCGCUUUAGCUAUCUGCUGGAUGUGCUGGAGCGGUCCCCGCACCGGCCCAUCCUGCAGGCCGGGCUCCCAGCCAACACCACGGCUGUGGUCGGCAGCGACGUGGAGCUCCUGUGUAAGGUGUACAGCGACGCGCAGCCGCACAUCCAGUGGCUCAAGCACAUCGUCGUCAACGGCAGCAGCCUCGGCGCCGACGGCUUCCCCUACGUGCAAGUCCUGAAGACCACAGACAUCAACAGCUCCGAGGUAGAAGUCCUGUACCUGAGGAACGUGUCGGCUGAGGACGCGGGAGAGUACACCUGCCUGGCGGGCAACUCCAUCGGCCUGUCCUACCAGUCGGCUUGGCUGACUGUGCUGCCGGAGGAAGCCCUUGCGUGGACAGCAGCUUCUGAGGCCAGAUCCACAGACGUCAUCCUGUAUGUGUCUGGCUCGCUGGCUUUGGCUGUGCUCCUGCUGCUGGCCGGUGUGUAUCACCGACAAGCCAUGCACGGCCACCACUCUCGCCAGCCUGUCACCAUACAAAAGUUGUCCCGCUUCCCUCUGGCCCGACAGUUCUCUCUGGAGUCGGGGUCCUCUGGCAAGUCAAGCUUGUCCCUGGUGCGAGGCGUCCGGCUGUCCUCCAGCGGCCCACCCUUGCUCACAGGCCUUGUCAACCUCGACCUGCCCCUAGACCCACUCUGGGAGUUCCCCCGGGACAGGCUGGUGCUCGGAAAGCCCCUGGGUGAGGGCUGCUUUGGGCAAGUGGUUCGAGCAGAGGCCUUCGGCAUGGACCCGUCCCAGCCUGACCAAACCAGCACUGUGGCUGUGAAGAUGCUCAAAGACAAUGCCUCCGACAAGGACUUGGCAGACCUGGUCUCUGAGAUGGAGGUGAUGAAGCUCAUCGGCAGACACAAGAACAUCAUCAACCUGCUCGGCGUCUGCACUCAGGAAGGGCCCCUGUAUGUGAUCGUGGAGUGUGCUGCCAAGGGAAACCUCCGGGAAUUCCUCCGUGCCCGGCGCCCACCAGGCCCUGAUCUCAGCCCUGAUGGGCCUCGGAGCAGUGAUGGACCACUGUCCUUCCCGGCCCUGGUCUCCUGUGCUUACCAGGUGGCCCGAGGCAUGCAGUAUCUGGAGUCUCGGAAGUGCAUCCACAGGGACCUGGCUGCCCGAAACGUGCUGGUGACGGAGGACCACGUGAUGAAGAUCGCUGACUUCGGGCUGGCCCGAGGCGUCCACCACAUUGACUACUAUAAGAAAACCAGCAAUGGCCGUCUGCCAGUCAAGUGGAUGGCUCCCGAGGCCUUAUUUGACCGAGUGUACACACACCAGAGUGACGUGUGGUCCUUUGGGAUCCUGCUGUGGGAGAUCUUCACCCUCGGCGGCUCCCCGUACCCCGGCAUCCCAGUGGAGGAACUCUUCUCACUGCUGCGAGAGGGCCACAGGAUGGACCGGCCCCCGAACUGCCCCCCAGAGCUGUAUGGGCUCAUGAGGGAGUGUUGGCACGCAGCACCCUCGCAGAGGCCUACUUUUAAGCAGCUGGUGGAAGCCCUGGACAAGGUCCUGCUGGCUGUCUCUGAAGAGUACCUUGACCUCCGCCUGACCUUUGGACCCUAUUCUCCCUCCAGUGGGGACACCAGCAGCACCUGCUCCUCCAGCGACUCUGUCUUCAGCCAUGACCCCUUGCCCCUGGGGAGAAGCCCCUUCCCUUUUCCUGGCGUGCAGGCAUGAGCCGGGGCACAUAGUGUGCAGGCUGGGGGACAGUGGCCAUGGGCCUCCAGCUCAGUUGGAUGCAGCAUUUGAUGCUGGCAGUACUGGGCCUCUGACUAAGGCUACUGCUGUCCCGGAUGCUCUGGCUCUGCUUUGAGGAGGUGCAUUCUUGGUCCUAGGGUUCAUAGUUCAGGCCUGCUCUAGCAUUAUGCUCUCAACCCAGAGUUCAACUCUAGUCUCGGCCCUGACUUGUCUUCAGAGAAGCUAAGCACUAGGCUCCAUGUUCUGGGCCUUGGCACUUAGCCUCCAUGUCAGGGGUUUGCCAGGCCUGGCUGCAAAGCUUUUGUCAUAAACCUUUCUCCUUCCACAAACACCCCAGAGGUGAGAGUCCUCUGGCCCUCACUGCUCCCAGCCGGCAAGCCUCACCCCCUAUUGUCUGUUCCAGCAUCUCGGUGGAGCCGGCAUCAGCCUGGUCCCUGAGAGACUAGUCUAGUCCCUGAGAGACUAGAAGCCUAUGGAAAACACAGAACAGCAUAGCAUUUCAUAAAUUAUUUUUUGAAAUAAA